CAGUGGAUAGGACAAUAGAAAGAAAGAACAGUACUAUCUACUAUCUCUUUUUCCUCCUUUAUUUCCCAUUCUUUUUUCCUUUACCUAGAAAAAACAAAACAAACCAAAAUGCAGUCCAUGUUAAACCUUCGUGCUACUCAUGGAGUUCCUCUCUGUCUUUCUGGAAUCACCAACCCUCUUGCUCUUUCCAAAGAGAUGGCAGAUCAUGACCGUAGAAGAAAAGAUAUGAGAAAGCAAAGAUCAGUGCAUGCAAAUCAAGAAAAAGGUGCACAAAGUCAAAGAAAGAAUGAUUUUGUGGAGAUGAAAGGUGAUGAUGAUCUUGAAGAUCUGGAUGAAAUCUUGCAUCAACUUUCCUUUACUUAUCUUACAGGUUUAUCAGCAAAAGCUGCUUAGUUAGAUUUGGUUUGCACUGCGCCGCCUUCCUUCUCAAUCCAAAUCUUCGUUGUUCAAGAUGUAGAUGACGGUGGAUGGUGGUGUGACGAUGGUUUAGCUGUCCACACCGCCUCUCAGCCCCGAUCCUUCGUCGGUGGUUUGUCGGAAGUUUGGGGUUCUCUGGUUCGUUCUUAGAAUUCAGUUUCAAUCUGAAUAUGUUUUCUAGAAACCACUGUCGGCACCGCUGCGGUGGUCGGAUUAUUUUGAUUUUUCAAAUUGUCGCUACCUGCCUUCUGGUGGUGGUGGUGGUGAUCUUUUCGCACAUGUAGCUUUUGAACUGUCGUCACGGUUCUACGGUGGUUGUGAUGGUUGCUGUAAAAAUGGCCGCUACUCUUCUGUAGGUGGUGACAGUUCUGGUGGUUCUAGAAAAGUUGGUUGUGUCUUGUUGUUCUAUUGCUCCAUAUUGCAUUCACUUCGCUGGUCUUGUUUUAGCUCGAAAGAGCAUGGCCUUUCUUCUGGAUGGUUAAUUUAGGCGGCCGUUGAGAGUUAAUGUUGUCGCGGUGAGUGGUGGACUGAUGAAUCUGAAACCGUGUUGGCGGGCGGAUUUAAUGUCCAGUUUCAAAGCUUGGGAUCAGUUUUAAUGAAGAUAUUUCUUGCUUGGUUUGGACUCGAAAGCGUCAGUAUAGCUGCUGCUUUCGUUGCAGGGGAUUUUGGUUCUUGAAUCUCUCUGUGUUGACAGUCGAUUCAUACACCAUUCUCGGGUAUACCAGUCUUCUUGUUGACUGACAUGGGACUAUAUGGACUCGAAAGAGUUGCCAAUGCUUGAUGUCGCUGUUGCGAGAGUUGAUGGUACGUGAUCCGAUUCAUGUUAACGAUUGAUUCAUUCGCUAAACUUUAGACCCGCGCUUAAUUGUUAGAAUUUUUUAGGGUUGAAUCCACUUUGUGGAUCUUUUUUUUUUGUUUUGCCCGUUAAGGUUAUUGACUGGGUCAGGUUUUAUGUCCCCCUGUUUUUAUGUAAUUAUAAUAUUUAUGAGCAAUUGACAACAAAUAAGAGUAUAGUUCCAACUUAGUUGGACACUAUUCAUUUCUAUGUCAUUUUGCUAUUGGCUUAUAAAAAAGUGCUUAUGUUUUUUUU